GCUAACAACAAGUUAGACAUUUUGGUCUUUCCUUCAGUGACGUGUAUGCCAUUCUCACUCUAUUCCUUCCUUUUUCUUCUUUCUUCCUUCCCCUCAACUCUUUCAAAAUCUAAAACCUCAUUUCUCAACAACAACUUAACCAUAAUCACUUACCAUGGUUAAUUUCCACUCUCAAACCAUGCAAGUUUCUUCUUCAUCACUUAACCCAUGGUUCCCAACUCUCACUUCCAACCGCUUCCGCCGCAUUCACUUACCGGAACCAUCUUCCACCACCGCCACCGUAUACUCACCACCUUCUCUCUCGUUUCUUUCAUCUCAAAGAAACCGUUCUUCUUCUUCUUCUUUCACCUCACUCACAUCAACAAAAACCAAAAGAAGAAGAAGAAGAACGUCCACGUUCACGUUCACCGUAACUUCAAUAUUCGAACGAUUCACAGAAAGAUCAAUAAAAUCUAUAGUCUACGCCGAAAAAGAAGCGAAAUUCUUCAAGAGCGAUUUUCUUUACGCACAGCAUAUCAUGCUUGGUCUCAUAGCUGAAGCUGAAGAGUCAAAUCGUUCUCAAAACGGUUUUCUUGAUUCUGGUGUAGUCACUCUUGAGAAAGCUCGUGAUGCUGUUCCUCAUCUCAAUGAUUCAACUAACUACGUUGAUGAUAACGGUGUGUAUGUCUAUCAAGAUCGACCCGUUCCGUUUUCUUUUGGUACUAAACGUGUUUUUGAAGCUGCUGUUGAGUAUUCAAGAUCUUUGAAUCAUAAUUUUGUUGAUCCUGAACAUAUUUUCGUUGCUUUGAUGAAAGUUGAUGAUGGAAGUUCUGUUAGAAUUCUUUAUAGACUCGGGUCAAACCCAGAUCAGUUGGCAGCUGCGGCAUAUUCCAGACUACAAAAAGAGCUGGCUAGAGAUGGUAGAGAGCCAGGUUAUGUGUCCAAUGGGGGGCACAACAAAUCUAUACCACAAAGGCGUUCUGGUGCAGGAUCUGCUGCUAAAACAAAAGAUAAGAAAGAUAAGAAGAAUGCUCUAUCACAAUUCUGCGUGGAUCUCACUGCCCGCGCAAGUGUUGGACUGAUUGAUCCAGUUAUUGGCCGAGAAGUUGAAGUUCAAAGAAUUAUUCAAAUACUAUGCCGAAAGACAAAAAGCAAUCCAAUUCUUCUGGGUGAAGCUGGAGUUGGGAAAACAGCUAUUGCGGAGGGACUGGCAAUUCUUAUUUCUCGCGCAGAAGUUGCUCCUUUUCUAUUGACAAAACGUGUCAUGUCCUUGGAUGUAGGACUAUUAAUGGCUGGGGCAAAAGAGAGAGGAGAGCUAGAGGACCGCGUUACAAAAUUAAUAAAAGAUAUAAUAGAGUCAGGUGAUGUCAUUCUUUUCAUUGACGAAGUUCACACACUUGUUCAAUCAGGGACAACCGGGAGGGGAAAUAAGGGCUCUGGCUUUGACAUUGCUAAUUUGCUUAAACCUUCACUUGGAAGGGGUCAGUUUCAGUGUAUUGCAUCUACCACUAUUGAUGAAUACAGGCUUCAUUUUGAAAAGGAUAAGGCUUUGGCACGGCGGUUUCAACCUGUUUGGAUUGAUGAGCCGAGUGAGGAUGAUGCAAUUAAGAUACUUAUGGGCUUACGUGAGAAAUAUGAGGCACACCACAAGUGCAGAUAUACAGAAGAUGCCAUAAAGGCUGCAGUUCAUUUGUCAGCAAGAUACAUAGUUGAUAGGUAUCUACCUGAUAAAGCUAUUGACCUCAUUGAUGAAGCAGGAAGUAAAGCUUCUAUUGAAUCCUUUAAGAUGAAAAAAGAACACGAUUAUUGCAUACUCUCUAAAAGCCCGGAUGAUUAUUGGAGAGAAAUUAGAACUGUUCAGUCCACGCUUAAAAUGGUUCAGGAGAGCAUGCUUAAAUAUUAUGGUGCAUCUGGCAUUGAGGAUACCAGUGAACUCAUACUUGACUCAUAUUUAACUUCUGCAGCAUUUGAUAAUGAGUGUAUAGAAGUCAGGCCUGAUCAUAUAGCAGCAGUUGCUUCCCUCUGGUCAGGAAUUCCAGUUCAGCAGCUAACUGCUGAUGAAAGAAGUCUUCUGUUAGAUCUCGAUAAUAAACUAAGAGAACGUGUGAUUGGACAAGAGGAGGCUGUUUCUGCCAUUUCUAGAUCUGUGAAGAGAUCCCGAGUUGGCCUUCAGGAUCCCGGUAGACCCAUAGCAACUUUACUAUUCUGUGGCCCAACUGGUGUUGGGAAAACUGAACUAGCAAAGUCUUUGGCUGCAUGCUAUUUUGGAUCGGAAACGAACAUGAUAAGGUUAGACAUGAGUGAAUAUAUGGAACGCCAUUCAGUGAGCAAGUUAUUAGGAUCUCCCCCAGGUUAUGUUGGUUAUGGAGAAGGGGGCAUUUUAACCGAAGCUAUUAGAAGAAAACCAUUUACUGUGGUUUUGUUUGAUGAAAUAGAAAAAGCUCAUCCAGAUAUAUUUAACAUUCUUCUUCAAUUAAUGGAAGAUGGCCAUCUUACCGAUUCUCAGGGUCGAAGAGUUUCAUUUAAAAAUGCAUUGGUGGUGAUGACUUCAAAUGUGGGGUCUAGUGCCAUUGCUAAGGGUCGACACAACUCCAUGGGUUUCUUGAUUUCAGAUGACAAACCAACAUCAUAUAGUGGAUUGAAAUCGAUGGUAAUUGAAGAACUGAGGACAUAUUUUCGUCCAGAACUGCUCAACAGGAUAGAUGAAGUGGUGGUGUUUCAUCCCCUUGAAAAGCCACAGUUGCUCAAAAUAUUUGAUUUACUGCUGCAAGACGUGAAAAGGACCAUGCCCCGAGGAAUUGAUUUUGAGGUGUCUGAAUCAGUCAAGGACCUUGUCUGUAAGGAAGGCUAUGACCCAACAUAUGGUGCUAGACCUCUCAGGAAAGCCAUUGUAAACUUAAUUGCAAACCCAUUGGCUGAAGCAUUGCUUGCUGAAAAGUGCAAGGAAGGUGACACUGUCUUCAUUGAUUUGGAUGCCAAUGGUAACACCCUUGUUAUAAAUCAGCUUGAUCAGACACAAGUCACCCUUGAGUAAUGAACCAUUGUACAGAAGUAGCCUGGUAGGUGUAUAUAUAAGUCAUACACUGUAAAGUCAAAGAUGUUUUGGCUCCUCUUUGUUAGCUUAGUGUUUGAUUCCUAUGUAAUGAGGAGCUUGACAACUUGUGAGAUGUCAAAAUGUAACACAUUCUUUGAUAGCGUUGUGAAAUGUAUUCAAAUUCAAUUCAUUAAUGUAAGUAUAGAUUCCAUCAAA